CCGGGCAUUUCCAGCCAGCGCCCGCCAGCAACCCGGCACUGAUUGAAAUUUAGGCAUCUUCAGAGAGGGGAGGAAGAUCCUCAUCUUCCGAAGCCUCCUCAAUGAGUGCCAAGCUCUCCAAGGAGUUGAGGCUGUCCCUGCCACCUUGUCUCCUGAACAGGACAUCUGCCACCUUAAACGCCAGCAGCACCUGCAUCACGCAAGUGGGUCAGCUCUUUCAGUCCUUCUCAUCCACACUGGUUUUAAUUGUCCUGGUCACCCUCAUCUUCUGCCUGAUCCUCCUCUCCCUUACCACCUUCCACAUCCACAAGAGGAAGAUGAAGAAGCGGAAAAUGCAAAAGGCGCAGGAGGAGUAUGAACGGGACCACUGUGCCCGCAGCAGCAGUAGCAGCAGCCAGCACCCUGGGACGGGGGUGCAGGGAGAGGCCCCCCAAGGAAGAGACAGCCGGCUGGGAAGAACCCCCCAGGACUUGGAGAUUCAGCGCCCCUCUCCCUCAGCAGCCCCAGGCUCCCAGCAAGCACGGGCUUGUUUGGACACAGCUGGUGUGGGUCUCUUGCAGACGGUGAUUUUGUCAUGA